AUGUGGUUCGGGUUUCUCGCCUCCAGUCUCAUCCUCAGUCAGGUCGCCGCACAAUAUGCCUCGACGUUUCCGUCUUUCAUCCCUCUAGUCCAACGAUCGCCACAUUUCGGUUCAUGGAUCGCCGCGAAUGAGAGCUUGGGGACACCUGCGAAUCAAUGGCCUAUAACCUGGACUAAUAGGAUACUAGGAUGGCAAGGCUUUGUGCGUGUCGAUGGGUCGAGUUGGCAAUGGCAAGGUCGCCAAGGGGGUGAAUUGGCGAGGACACUUGGGGCAUAUAUCACACCGACACGGACGAUUUUCACGAUCGAGGCUGGGCCAGUACAGUUCAAUGUGACGUAUCUCAGUCCCAUAGAGCCUUCAGAUUGGGUACUCCAAUCUUUUCCUUUCGCGUACGUUUUCAUCGAUGCCUGGUCAACGGAUGGAAACGCACAUGAUGUGCAGUUUUAUUCCGAUGUUACUGGAGAAUUUAUCUCGGGCGAAUUGGCAAACACAGUACAGUGGAAUACCAUGCAAACACAAACCUCUCUCUACCAUCAGAUGAAACGAACUACAGCCACACCCAUGACGGAAAAUAACAAUCUAUCAGAGGACGGGAUGUUACAUUUCGCGGCUGAGCUUGCGUCUCCCGGCUUGACGUAUCAAACUGGUCCCGCGGGCGAGAUGCGCAGUCAAUUUAUCUCCAACGGAAGACUUGCCAACACACAAGACUCUGAUUUUCGUGCAAUCCGGAGUAACUGGCCCGUUCUUGCCAUCGCGAUGGAUUUAGGAUCAAUCACACAGACCUCAACGCCGGUCGUAUGGGCAAUAGGGCUUCUCCGCGAUCCUGUGAUCCGAUAUGUCAGAGAUGCAGGUAUCGAGAGCCGAACCUCGUAUUUCUGGACCAAGUAUCAGAGUAUCGGGGACGCAGUAAGCACACUCUCCAGUCUUUCUGUCCUCCGAGAAGCUGAACUCGCGCAGCUUGACGCCUUCAUAGCAGACUUCCCCUCAGCCCGAAACCGCGCCGAAGCCUUCGACAUGAAAAUUAUGUCCGCGGCAUCCGCCGUCUCCCAGCAGUACGCCGACCUUGUCGCGCUCAACCUCCGGCAAACGAUGGCUGCGCUAGAGAUCACGACGGCGAAACGUCCCAGCGGGGAAUGGAACGCGUCGGACGUGAAGAUCUUUAUGAGGGAUACGGGGAACAGCAGGCGGGUCAACCCUGUAGAGAUGGUGUAUGCGGCGCUGCCGGCUUUGUUGUACCUUAAUGCGUCGUUGGCUGGGUUGGUGCUUGACCCGAUGCUUGAGUACCAGGCCUCGCCGCAGCACCUCAAUAAUUAUGCUGCACCGGACUUGGGAUCGACGUACCCGGAUGCGACGGGCAACAGCACCAACCAAGUCCUGCUUGCAGUCGAGAACUGUGGUUCGAUGCUCGUCAUGGCACUCGCACACGCACAGAAAUCAGGCGAAGGUGGUCUGAUCAACCAGCACUACACCUUGCUGAGGGAGUGGGCCGAUUACCUGGUGUCAAAUACUUUACAGCCGACCGCAUACACGACAGCAGACGGCCUUGCGGGCGCAACGUCCAAUCUUGCACUGAAAGGCAUCGUGGGCAUAUAUGCGAUGUCAAAGAUUAACGAAGCACUUGAGCAGCAGGGCGCGUUGUCGAAUUACACAGAACACUACAGGGACACAGCGACGCGGUAUGCGCGAGAUUGGGAAAGUCUUGCGGUCUCGGGCGACCAUAUCGGAUCUUCCUAUGGAAACCCGUCGCCGUGGGGGCUUGUGUUUAAUCUCUUCGCUCCUAGACUCUUAAACACGACUUUGAUCAGCGAGUCGAUCUACGAUACUCAAGCUGCCUGGUAUGCGUCGCAGGCGGUCUCUGCUCCUGCAUUUGGGUUCCAAUACGACGGAAACGACCCCAAGAGAGUCAAGACGCACUGGACCCUCCUUACGGCUGCGAGUGUAGCAAAGAGCCCUGUCAAGGACACCCUCAUUUCUAUGGUGCACAACAGGAUUCUUAUUGCUCGCGCUGGCAGUCCCAACCCCACCACGUAUAAUUCAGAUACUGGCGCUACUAGCGUGAUCGGUGGUCGUGCCAGUCCUGCACAAGGAGCAAUCCUUGGUUUGUUGGCCUUGAACCUACCGGAUCAAACAAUAACUUUCCCGAAAGAAGAGGAGACGGUCGACGUUGACGUUGCCACUAUCGCAGGAGGGGUCGUCGGCGGAGUGUCUGGAGUGCUGCUUCUGGUGCUUGCGGUUUGGUUUUACAGGAGGAGACGGAGGCAAAUCAAGGAGGGCAAGUUCAAGAUGGCAGCGCCUUCUUCCGCAACCCCAGGCCUACCCACUGAAAGCAGCUUUGUCACUCCGUUUAUGACCACCAUUCCUGACGCGUCUGUGGCAACAUCUCCUUCGGAAGGGUAUGUUGGCAAGAGGGGCCCAUUGGGGUACACCAACCAGGACUCGAGUUCGACUGGUACGAACACACCCGGAUGGUCGUUGAAGGUAGCGGGAAAUAUAGCCGCUGGGUCUUCCUCCCAAGUAGCGCUCACGGCAAACCGUUCGGGCCCUUCGGUGGAUGGGGAGUCGAUUUACACAAGCCAAGUGGGAUCAUCUAUGUCGGGAGAUUUGAGCCUUAGACAGGAGGUUGAGCAGUUGCGGAGGGAGAUGGCGCUGUUAAGGAAUCAGCAGAUGGAGCCUGUGCAGGAUGAACCGCCACCCAUGUACGUUCCUGGUGUUCUCCAGGAACGUACAUCUACACUUGGACCUAGCAAUACUGCACCUCGGAAAUGA